AUAUAUAGCUAAGAACACACUUUCCUACCCAAAAACGAUUUAGUACUUGAAAAAAGCUACAAUGCAAACCCUUCUGCUUCCGGCAGGUCGCUCCUCCGUCGCACCACCAGCUCCGCCGUACAGGGAGGCGGUUUCGAAAAUCACACUGUGCAAUUCGCCUCCUACUUUCGUCCGUUUCAACGGCAACCGCGAUUCUCCUCAUUCGUCUCUUUCUUCAUCGGAAUCACUCAAAAGUUUAUCCUCACCUUACUUAAAUCUCAAUUGCCGCCGCGUAAAAACCCUAUCUUCUUCGCCCAUUGCCGCUGCUUACACUUCUCCGAGUGAUGAGUCUGAAAAGGGGAAACUUGCUCAGGUUGCAAAGAGAUUAGAGAAAACUUCGAGAUCUUUCAAGAGAUUGGGGAGUUUCGGAUUUUGGGGACAGCUAGUUUUAACAGUUGUUGCUGCUGUAAUACUUUCAUUCUCUAUAGUUAUUACUGGGAAAAUCACUUCACCUGCUACCUUCUAUGCAACUGCUGGCGGCGUUGCAGCGGCAUUCGUCUCUGUGUUUUGGUCAUUUGGCUACAUUCGGUUAGCGGACAGACUUCGAAAAACAGCCAAUGACCCUUCCAAGGCACCUCCUCGUGCAGAGGUUGUAAGAAGCCUGAAAAACGGUAUAAGCGUAAAUCUAUUGGGCAUGGGUGCUGCUAUACUUGGCAUGCAAGCAACAGUAGGUUUGUUGGUGGCGAAAGCCCUCACUACUUCAGCCACUCCUUAUUACCAGGGCAUCUCUCCUGGGAGCAGUCCUGUUCUUGCAUUGGAUGUCUUCUUGGUCCAGGCAUCUGCAAACACCAUACUUUCGCAUUUUAUAGGGCUGGUGUGCUCGUUGGAGCUAUUGCGUUCGGUUACAUUGCCAACUUCUUCGGAAGGUGUUCCUAUUCCUAGGAUUGCAUGAGGUACUUAGAAAUGGAGCUGUUCGCAACACGUCUGAAUUCGUUUUAAAUUGUACCAAUCGGGGAUCUUGUAUUUUUAUGCAAUUAUUGACUUUGUUUUCAAUGCCAAUUCUGCUUUAGAUUUUGAUCUUAAGUAAGAACUGAUUCGGAA